CGAGGGAGGAUCCAAAACGGGAGCUGCGCUGGCUCUUUCUCAGUCUCUCUGGCAAGCCAAGGACUAAAGAUCUCUGAAUUGGGAUACCACACUCGUCCACAUAUCAUCUCUCUUCGUGUCUCUGUUCCUCUGUAUCCCUCUACCUCUCUCUGCUGGACUCCCUCAGCGCUGGGAGCGUGGACCGAGGGGCAGCGCUAGCGGAGUAGCUGUGGGACUUGUGGGAAUCGAUGGCUCCAUGAGGACAGCAGUUGAUUCAUUGUUGUGGAGGAACAUGAGUGUACAUGUGGGCUUAUGACUCAAGCCCAGACAACACAAACACCAACGGUCCCGUUGACCCGCCAUGAUACAGAACCCGGUGCCAUUAGUUACGGUGCUUUGGACUAAUCACAGUUUCGCAGGUGUUCGCUUCCUUUGAAUUUCUUGAGGGGACAUUUGGCCGUCAGAGCUGUUUAGCAUUUUCUAAGAGCCCCAUUGCAGAUUCCGGGUCUCAAUGGACCACUCAGCCAAGACUUCAGUUCUGGGUCAACCAGGACAACAUUUGGACAUGUUUUCUGCGCUGGGACAGGACUGGAUUUGAACUGGGUCAGAAUCUGACUUGGAUCUGCAGACUUCUGCUGCACUACUCGCAUUUUGUAUUCUGCCUCCUUGUUUUGGAAAGUUGGGCAGACGUACGAGGGGUCCCAUAGUGGGUCUUGAGCUUUGAAAAGAACCGGUAUGUCAAUGUGCCCGUUUGCACGUCCGUGUGAGGUCCCUGCGCGUGUGUUUUGAUAGCGUGUGUGUAUCCAUGAGAAGCGUGCACCAGGCAGGAUGAGUGUGCCCAUGUUGAAGAUUGGCGCGGUGCUCAGCACUAUGGCCAUGGUGACUAACUGGAUGUCCCAGACACUGCCCUCCCUGGUGGGACUCAACGGGACCGCCACCGCCCCGGACGGGACCCAUCAGAGGAUCGUCAGCGCGCUGUACCCAGGCACGGAUGAAGGUUGGCAGGUGUACAGCUCUGCCUCCGACCCCGAUGGGAAGUGCGUGUGCACAGUGGUCGCCCCGGCCCGGAACCUCUGCAAGAGGGACCCCCGUAGUCGUCAGCUACGCCUGCUCACUGAACAGGUACAGAACGUGAGUCAGUCCGUGGAGGUUCUGGACCUGAGGACAUCUAGAGAUCUGCAAUAUGUGCGAGACACUGAGCCACUUCUGAAAGGGGUGGAGGGACGCUUAAACAUCUACACAGCCAACCCCCACAGCCUGACCAGCAAGGGCCUUCAGGAGUUGAAAGGUCAAAUGUCUCAGCUGCGCCCCCUGUCAUCGGUGGUGGAGCAGUACAGGUCAGACCUGCUGACCCUGGCUCUCCUCCGGGGGGAGGUCCUUAACCUGUCCGUCACCCUGACGACCAUCCAGGAGGAGGUGGGGGCCUACGACUACGAGGAGCUGCAGCAGAGGGUUCUGCUGCUAGAGACUCGUCUGCACUCCUGCAUGAACAAACUGGGCUGUGGGCGGUUGACGGGGGUCAGCAUUCCGAUCACAGUUAGAGCCUCGGGCUCCCGUUUUGGUUCUUGGAUGACCGAUGCUAUGAUACCUAGUUCUGACAGCAGGGUGUGGUCUAUGGACGGGUAUUACAAAGGGAGACGUGUGCUGGAGUUUCGGACCAUGGGGGAUUUCACUAGAGGUCAGAACUUCGUUCAGCACCUCUUACCCCACCCCUGGGCUGGGACGGGUCAUGUGGUCUACAACGGGUCGCUGUACUACAACAAGCACCAGAGCAACAUCCUGGUGCAGUACCACUUCCGUUCCCGCAGUGUUCUCCUCCAGAGGAGUCUGAGCGGAGCGGGUUACAACAACACAUUCCCCUACAGCUGGGGGGGGUCGUCUGACAUUGACCUGAUGGCCGAUGAGACGGGUCUGUGGGCCAUCUAUACAUCCAUACCCAACGCCGGCAACAUACAGGUCAGUCGGCUGGACCCUCGCACCCUCGACGUUCUCCAGAGCUGGAACACAGGGUUCCCCAAGCGCAGCGCGGGCGAGGCCUUCAUGAUCUGUGGCACCCUGUACGUCACCAACUCCCACCUGGCCGGGGCCAAGGUCCACUUCGCCUACCACACCAACUCCUCCACCUACGAGUACACAGACAUCCCCUUCCAUAACCUGUACUCCCACAUCUCCAUGAUGGACUACAACCCCCGCGAGAGGGCCUUGUACACGUGGAACAACGGACACCAGGUCAUAUACAACGUCACACUGUUCCAUGUCAUACGGAGCGACGGAUAGAGUCGGCCG